CACCAGGACCAGAGCGACCCAAAACCCCCCCCCCCCCUCCUCUACUCUGUCACUCCCCCUACCUCUUCAUGCUCUAAUUCUCUGCUUUAGGGUUUUUUAUUUCAAAAUCCAAAACAUGGAAAACCCUAGAUUAGCUCUACUUUCUUCUUCUUCCCCAAAAUUAGUUAUGGGAUACCCAACUUCCCUCAAAAACCUUACCACCCCUAAAUUCUCCAUAUCCACAACCAGGCCCUCUCUUCCUUUCUCUCUCAGAAUUUCCAAAACUGCCCCUCAUGGUUCAAUAUUUUCUAUUUCUGCCCUCGCCAACUCUCAUGGUCACCGUAGAACCUCCAAAAAUGGGAAAUUAGGGAGUGAAUAUUUUGCUAGCAUUUCUUCAUCUAGUGGAAAACAAACAGCUUCUGUAGGAGUUAAUCCUCAGCCAGUGUCGCCACCUUCUUCGCAAAUAGGAUCACCGCUGUUUUGGGUUGGAGUUGGUGUUGGGUUAUCAGCAAUUUUUUCAUGGGUGGCUACCAGGGUAAAGAAUUAUGCCAUGCAACAAGCUUUCAAAUCUUUGACAGAACAGAUGAAUACACAAAAUAACCAAUUCAAUCCUGCAUUUUCUGCAAGGCCACCUUUUCCAUUUUCUCCGCCACCACCAUCACAGCCUUCAACCUCACCUUCUCCAGCUACUUCUCAACCUGCAAUCACAGUAGACAUCCCUGCUACAAAAGUAGAAGCAGCUCCAACCACUGAUGUUGGAAAGGAAAAGGAGACUGAUUUUCUAGAGGAAAGGGAGAUAAAGGAGGAGACAAAGAAAUAUGCUUUUGUGGACAUUUCUCCUGAAGAAACCUCGCUGAAUACUCCUUUUUCAAGUGUUGAAGAUGACAAUGAUACAAGCUCAUCCAAGGAUGUUCAGUUUGCCAAGAAAGUCUUUCAAAAUGGAGCUGCCUUUAAGCAGGGCCCAGGUGCUGCCGAGGGUUCUCAAUCUACUCCAGGACCUUUCUUAUCCGUGGAAGCUUUGGAGAAAAUGAUGGAAGAUCCAACAAUGCAAAAGAUGGUUUAUCCGUACUUACCUGAGGAGAUGAGGAACCCUACCACCUUCAAAUGGAUGCUACAAAAUCCACAAUACCGUCAACAACUGGAAGACAUGCUAAAUAAUAUGGGUGGAAGUGGUAAAUGGGACAGCCAGAUGAUGGAUUCUUUGAAAGAUUUUGAUCUCAACAGUGCUGAGGUUAAGCAGCAGUUUGAUCAAAUUGGCCUUACACCUGAGGAAGUAAUUUCAAAAAUCAUGGCCAAUCCUGAUGUUGCCAUGGCAUUUCAAAAUCCAAGAGUUCAACAAGCCAUAAUGGAGUGUUCACAGAACCCACUUAACAUUACCAAAUAUCAGAAUGACAAGGAGGUUAUGGAUGUCUUCAACAAAAUAUCAGAGCUCUUCCCUGGGAUGACUGGCUGACCUUAAUCUUAUCAUUCUUGGAGAACCAUGGUUUCCCGGGACAGACUAAAUGGUGGGUUUUCCAUACGGGUAAUGGGGGCAAUUUCCUGCUAGAAUUUCUGCAGGUGGUAUUCUUGAAAGUGUUCAAAAUUUUUGUACAAUCACCUCUUCUUAGACUCUUUUUGCAGAUAGGCCACAGUUUCACUUUAAAAUUUGGAAAGGUCUUGGAAAUGUUGUAAAAUAAUCUACUACGGAAUACUAUUGCUACUUUUUGUUAAAA